AUGUACACUGGUACGAAGCCAUUUAGGGCGCACGACUUCUUCAAUCGUAGAUGGACUGGAGGAUACCUCUACCGCCACGACCUCGAGUCCUUUUUCUACGCGUUGUUAUGGCUUUGCUCACGGUACAACGGCCCUGGAAAGGCUCUCAAUGAUGGCGAGGCGCUUCCAUAUGAUUCUUGGUCCACGGGAACCUCUGAAGAAGUACGGAUGACAAAAUGGGACUUGCUUACCGAACCCGAAUUCGAACCUCAAAUCACGGACUUUUUUCGAGACUUCGAUUCUUGGCUGGAUGAGAUGCAAACCCAGCUUUUUUAUGGAAAUUUAGACGACGUUCACCCUCAGCAGACGCAGACACAGACCGAUGUGGAUUUCACGUUUGACGUUGAGACGCUUGGUGGUCAUUUCACGUAUGCGAAUGUUAAAGGCAUUAUGUCAACCUUCGAUGGAGUUGAGUUGGAGGAGUAA